CACGUACGUUUGUGUGUAUGUGAGGCGUUGAGCGCGCGCAGCCAUAAUCGCUGCUGGGUUGUGUUGAAAACAUGGACCCUAGUUCUCGUCAUUUUACCCUGUUUUACAUCGUUUUUCUGACUCUUACGUGCCAUUUUGCGCUAGGAGAGGACGCUGUCGACUGUCCCGCAGAUGGACGCACGUGGUUGCCGUUCAGCCUCAACUGCUAUCACUUUGUCCACGGAGAGGAGAAUGUUGCCAAAAGUUACUCCAUUCAAGAUGCCAAAGACAUGUGCAGAGGAUAUGAUCUCUUGACAGUAAAAAGUGCUGAGGAGAGUGACUUCAUCGUUAAGUACAGUCCUUCUGUAUGGAAAGGUAAAAUGAGCAUCUGGCUUGGGAUGUACUACGACAGCGACGAAGAUGUCUUUAAGUGGCACGAUGAUAACAGCGUGUUGCGCUAUAGUAACUGGGAGGACGGCGGCUCUGAUGAGACUGAUCUGGCGCUCUUGGACACGUGUGUCGUUCUUCACUCGGACACGGGGAAGUGGGAAAACGUCAGCUGCAUGGAAGAACCUGAGAAUGGAGUAGUGUGUAAGACGAAGGCAGUCUGGAUAAGCCCACCUAAGGGCAGUCCUCUUCUGUCAGCUCUGGUCGUCAUCAGCGUGGUGUUGAUACUGGUCGUUUCUGCAGUGAUUUGGUUCUUUCAUCAAAGAAGAAACCCAGGCUCAUCUAUCCUGAACCUGAUCGAGUACCAUCCGCCCUUCAAAUCCCCUUCCUCCGAUCAGGCCUGCUUGGUAGAUGCUGAAGAAAUCGAGGUGGUACCUUAGUGUUUUUCAUCCGUGCCCAGGUGAGAAGAAGCAGCAGGUGUUCAUGGGAGUUUGUGAACUCUUCCCUUUUCACUGGUUCCUCAGCGACGGUCCACACAGAACAAAACGAGGCUGUCGUGACUCAAAUGAUCUUUUUCUCUGGGGUGGAAUGGAGGACUGUGUGGGGAAAUAUGAUCUGUCUGAAUGCCGUGUGUGAUAUAAAUUGCUGGGGUUUUAUUACGCAGGACAAUUAAGCACAUUGAUCUUUCCUACUCCGUGAAGACUCAGCUGUUUAGUGAAUGCAUUUGAUUUACUAAUAUUUUCUGAGCUGCAAUGUCACUUCUGUGAAAAAAAGUUUCAUUGAGUCCUUAAAGCUAAUCAUGUCCACAGGCUGUUCCAAGCCUGAAAAUGUAAUCAGA